UUACAUAUUAUUGUACAGGUCGUGUGUUUACCAGUUUCUUUUAGCUUGUUUAUAUACUUGUAUGUAUUUAAUCGUUAUUUUAUACAUAUUUCCAAGACGAAAGAUAAGAGAGGGGCCGAUGACGACAGAAGUAGCCGAGCAGAGGAUCGUCGAGUCUCGAGUCUGGAUCUCUUUCACUACUCGACUCGAUUCAGCCGGCGAUCGUUCCGUUUUGCUCGCGGACAGGGUUGAAACAAAAGGGUUAGAUCACGAUCCCAAUCGAUACAAGGAGCUAGAAAAAUGUCACGACUGAUGGUGCAGAUUGGCAGGUGCGCGACGAAAACGCUCGUCUCGCAGGCCAGGAACGAUUUAUUCGCGCAAUCGAAAACAUCCCUUGUCACAUGGCGUUCCAUAACCACUACUCGGUGCUUGAGAUCUGAGCGAUGGUAUACCGAUAAACACGAAUGGAUAACAGUGGACGGCAAUAUGGGUACAGUUGGUAUAUCGGAUUACGCACAGGACGCUCUAGGAGAUGUGGUAUACGCGCAACUUCCUGAUGUAGGGUUCACGGUGAAGAAAGAAGAGGAAUGCGGAGCUCUAGAAUCGGUGAAGGCAGCUUCGGAACUAAUAAGUCCAGUCAGUGGAAAAGUUACAGAGAAAAACGAGGCAGUUGAAAAUAAACCCAGCUUAAUUAAUACAUCUUGUUAUAAGGAAGGUUGGCUAUUUAAAGUAGAGUUAAACAACUUAGAUGAAAUCAAGAGUUUGAUGAACGAAGAGACUUACAAUAAGUUUUUAAAGUCAAACCAUUAAAUACAUAAGUUAAAA